UCAACUAGAACAUUUACACAGUAUCAAGAUGACAUCCAUUGCUAUAAUUGCACUCAUGCUUGUUCUCGUUGCCCCAUCCUUUCAGCAGCCCAGGGGUGAUUAUAGAGGUGGCGAUGGAAAUCACCAUGGCAAUGGCGGAGGACCCGUGGGUGGAGGACACAGAGAUGGGGACGGCCGUCGUGGAGGAAAUAGAGGCAACUGUGGCUACCUGGCCCCCAACUGCCGCGCCAACCCUGGCGACUACAACGCCGUGUUCAGGUACACCUACGACAGGAAGAGCCUGGUCUGCAACAAGGUCAGCGUUAUCAACUCGUGUGCUUUCAACUACGGCCCGGGGAGCAACGUGUUCGAGACCUUGUUGGACUGCUCACAGGCCUGCGAGUACAACAACAACAACAACCACAGGGGAUAUUAACACAACAACAACAACCACAACAACAACAGGGGAUAUUCGCACAACUAAACUACGUCAGUGGUAAUAAACACAACUAAACUACUACAGGGGAUGUUAACACAACUCAACUUCAACAGGGGAUAUAAGCACAACUAAACCACAAAAGGGGAUAUUACCACAACUAGAUAUUGUUUUUCAUAUAAUUUAAGCAAACGUCGUUUUAAAUGAAUAUCCAAUUAAAAAGAAAUUCAUUCAAUGUCAUUGCUAACAAACCAUUUUUUGGCUACAUUUCUGUCAAUGCUUAAAAGAAAAAUAAUAAAUCGUUAAAGAAAAAUGAUUGCUUAUAAAAGACCAAAGCUAAAUAAGCACACAUGUUUUUAUUCUGUUGUUAGUUACACGAUAUUUGUAUUGUCCCAUUUCCGUGGUGUAAAUGAGAUGUUAGAUUGUUACGUUUUAUUUUAAGUUCUUACAAAACUAGUUAGUUUUAUAUUGUGUGGUGUGAUUUUCAAGUUUUGUAUUUACUUGUCAAGGCCUUCUAACACUUUGGUACUUUGUCAAGUGAAAAACAAACACCUUUUUGAAAUAAAAUGUCCUUUAUAUUUUCUCUUCAUUAUAUGUGU